CCUCGGUCUUAGUAUAGCUCUUCAACGACCGGUGAUGAGCCAUUCGCCGACAAGCAGUCGCCGGGAUUGAAGCGAUGGCGGUCAAGCCUCCCAAGAAUUUGACGCUGGAUCUGGAGGCGCCCGUCAUGGUGGAGGACCUGGAGCCAGAGCUUCCCGUGGGCGAUCUGGACGACCGUGUGGGCUUGUGGAUCACGUACUGCGCCUUCUUCUUCAGCGGGGCAGGAUCCAUCGCCAUGUGGAGCUCUAUAACGCUGUGUCUUACCUUCUUUGACGAGAAAUACCCGGAAGAUCGCGUGGGCUUCGUCUUCCCCGUCGUCAAUAUGUCCACGUUGCUGGUUAUCAGCCUGUACAUGGUCAUGGCGGGUCGACAACUGUCUCUGAACUCCAGGAUGCACGGAUCACUGGCCGCCUACGCGUCCUUCGUGCUGCUUCUCCCACUAGCCAACGUGAUCGCUCUGCCCCAUGACUUCGGCUAUCCGCUGACGUUGCUGACACUCAUGGGCUCGACAAUCUCGUCAUCCAUCAUGCAGUCGACCAUGUACGGUUUGGGGGGAGUUUUCGGCCCCAUGUUUAUCCAGGCCAUUGAAGGUGGCAAAGGCUUUGGUGCUAUUCUGCUGUUUGCAGUUAGACUCACUCUAAAAUGGUAUUUGGAAGCCAAUGACAGCGAACGACGUGACUUCCAGCUACAGAAUUACUAUGCUAAACUGUCGAUGGGCGUGUUUUUCGGUGUUGCACUUGUCAUUGUGACGACCACGUGGGUGCUGUACUGGGCUCUGCUGCAUACCAGGUUCGCUCAGCCGUUGCUGACAGAGUACGCGCUAGUGCAGCAUGAGACGCCAUUGACUCCACCGGUGCUGUCGCCCCUGUCGAGCCCCGUUAGCCCGAUGCGACGACCUAACGCGUUCUUCGGUCGCGAUGGGGUGAACGAACGCAGCCCGCUGUUAGCGAACAACAUGAGCGCGCGCAAUGGAACCGCACUGAACAAUCAAGACGACGACGCUGACGAUGAGGAAGACGCGUUCGAGAUUGAGGAAGAGCUGGAGGAGCACGCUGCCGCCGCGACCGUCAUGAACGUACUGCAUACUGCGCUCAAGCCCUUCUUUUCGCUGUUUUUCUCCUACUUCGUGUGCUUGUCGUGUUUCCCCGGCAUCAUCUCGGCCAUUCCAUCCGUGUCGCUGGGUCUGGGCGACUGGUUCCCCAUUGUCUUGGUUGGUUGCUACAACCUGGGUGACCUCGUGGGGAAGAACCUGCCGAUGUACGCGAUGUACUUUGAUGUUUCGACACUUCACCGCCCAUGGCCAUUCCAACUCUCGUUCCUCCCGCUGUUCAUGGCAGCGCUUGUUCACCCCUUCGAAGACAUUACGAUCAUCGUGGCAGUGUUAUUGCUGGGGUUAACCACGGGGUACGUUGCUACAUCCAGCAUCAUCAUCGCGCCGAGCAUUUGCUCCGAGUACCAGAAAGAAGUCGCUGGAAUGGUGGGUGGACUCAGCUCUAUCAUCGGACUCUGCGCAGGAUCUUACAACGGCUUGGCAAUGGAGGCGAUCGUCCAGUUCUGGACAGGAAACAUGCCACAGGAGCAACCAAUGCUUUAAAGCCCUGAAACUGAAAGAUUACAUCAAGUUGAAUAGAAUUUCCAUGCAGAUCCAUAACGUGUCUGUGAUGGUAUCAAUAACUUGACAUAGCACGUACAUUGUAUCAUGA